UGCUAUUCAAGUGAAGGGAGGUAACGCCAACCCAAGCCACACGGGCCCGACCCGAGUUACCGAGCUACCGAGAGUUACCGAGCUAACGCUAGCCGUGAGUCUGAAGUAACGGCUGCUGCCUCCACCUGAGAGAGGACUUCCGCUUCCGCAACCAUGAAGAUCAAGCGACAGAAACAAGCCAAGAAAACGAUCAGCUUCUACAAAUACAACUUCAGCUUCAGGGAGCCGUUUCAGAUCCUCAUUGAUGGGACUUUCUGUCAGGCGGCGUUAAAGAACAAGAUUCAGAUCAAAGAGCAAAUGCCCAAAUAUCUGAUGGGAGAAGUGCAGCUGUGCACCACCAACUGCGCCCUGAAAGAACUGGACACUCUUGGAAAGGAGCUGUACGGAGCUAAAAUCAUCCUGCAGAGGUAUCAGGUCAGAAGGUGUCCACAUUUCAAGAACCCAGUCCCUGCCUCAGAGUGCCUGCUGUCCAUGCUGGAGGAGACCAACCCACACCACUACUUUGUUGCCACACAGGAUCACACAGUUACUUCAGGCCUGAAGAAGAUCCCCGGCGUUCCCCUGCUCUACAUCAUCCUCAACACCAUUGUGCUGGACAAGCCCAGUCAGGCGUCCCUGGACCACGUCCAGGCGGUUCAGCUGGGAGAGCUGGUCAGCCCGGCCCAGCAGAAGAGCAUCCGCAGCCUGAAGGAGGAGCAGGGCAUCGUCGAGAAGGACGGCGAGCGGCGGGGUAAGAAGAGGAAGAGGAAGCAGAGCAAUCCAAACCCCCUGAGCUGCCUGAAGAAGAAGAAGAAAGGAGUGCCGACGCCGCCGCUGAAGAAGACAGAGCAGGGGGAGAAAAGGAAACGGAGCCGACACAAGAAACGGAAGACGGAGGGAGGAGGCAACGCGGCUGCUCCCGCAGUUACAAAUUCGUAGUGCGAUUAGAGAGACAGAGACUUUACCCUUUUAUAUCUAGCAUAAAUAUCUGAAAGUGUUCCUGGAUAAUUUAUCCCAAUUUAAAAGAACUUAUUUUGCUCUAUGGUGUAGAUACGAUUAAAUCAUUGUUUACUAUAUAAAAUUGUCACUUUAAGCCA